UGUAAACCAGAUAUAGGAGCGAUUUUUCUUAAUCAUACUCAACGAAUACGAUUUCAAUCAUCACAUUCAUCAAAAAUAUCAUCAGAUAGUAAAUUAUCAAUUAAUUUAUCUCAUAAUAUAGAUCAAUUUUUACAUGAUAUUAAACAAUUAAAUAUUGAAACAUUUGAUUUAAUUAAAUCUACAGCACCAAAUAAACAUACUAUAGAACCAAUUAAUCUUUAUAAAAAAAUAGCUUUUGGUUCACUUGAUCUUUAUGUUUUAUAUCCAUCAUCAUCAAUUGAUGAUGAUAAAUCUUUAGCAAAUUUACAAAAAAUUCCAAUUCGUGAUCAACAACCAUCACCUUCAAUAAUUCCUCUUCAUCAUUGGUAUUCAUCAUGUACACUUCUCGUUUGGACACCAACAUCAAAAUCAAACAAAGAUAGUUUAGUUCGCAUUCUAUAUACAGGUGCAUGUCCACAAACACUUGUCUUUGAAGCAUUAACCAGAGUUCGUCAUUCGGAUAUAUUACAUGAAUCUCAACAACAACAACAACAUCAAACAAGUCGAGCAGGUAGUGCUAAAACAACAUCAUCUACUAGUAGCAGCAUAAAUAUUAAAAAUCUGUCUUCAAAAUCGAAACCAACAUCAAGUGGUGAAAUAACAAAAGUUCUUCCACGUACUGUCACAUCAAAAUCAAAACCUCUAUCAACUAUAAAUAUAAAAUCAGAUAAUAACUCUCGAUCAACAACAAAACUAGAUAAGAAAACAUCUGUUUCAACAACUGAUAGAUCUAUUCAAUCAGCUAAUAAAGAUAAGAAGAUACAAAAUUCUCGCCAAACAAUAUCAAAAAAUGUUACUAAAAAUAAUCAAAUUGAUAAUCAUGAACAAAAAUUAAAUACACAAGACACUGAACAAGAACAAUCAAAUGUACGUAAGACAUUAAAAACUAAUACUCAUUUCAAAAAAAAA